AUGGAGAGGUACGCUCACCUGAGAGUCAUCGGGGAAGGCUCUUUCGGUCGAGCUUUGUUAGUACAAUGUAAAAGCACUCAGAAGAAAUAUGUGCUCAAGGAAAUUCAGCUGCCAAAGAACCAGUCCAAAUUAGAGGGGUCAAGAAGAGAAGCCAUCCUGCUGUGCAAAAUGAAACAUCCUAAUAUCGUGGCCUUCGGGGAGGCAUUUGAAGCCGAUGGCCUCCUGUGCAUUGUUAUGGAGUUCUGCAGCGGAGGAGAUCUGCUUCAGAGGAUCCAGAGACAGAAAAACACCCACUUCAGUGUUGAGAAUAUCUUGAAGUGGUUUGCUCAGAUGUGUGCAGGUGCGCAGCAUAUCCACGAUAAGAGAGUUCUGCACAGAGAUUUGAAGUCCAAGAACAUUUUCCUGAUGGAUGAUGGUUCCGUGAAGCUCGGGGACUUUGGCUCUGCAUGUGUUCUGAACAGCUCAAAGGCUUACGCUCAGGCGUAUGUCGGGACGCCGUACUAUGUGGCGCCAGAAAUCUGGGACAACAAGUCGUACAACAACAAAAGUGAUGUGUGGUCGCUGGGCUGCGUCCUCUACGAGCUCUGCACCCUGCGACACCCGUUCCAGGCGUCUAGCUGGAAGAGCCUGAUUCUGAAGGUGUGUCGUGGUGCCUACCCUCCCCUCCCCAGCCACCUGCCUUAUGAGCUGCAGUACUUGAUCAAGCAAAUGUUCAAGACGAACCCAAAAGAUAGGCCAUCCGUGCACACGAUCCUGACCUCUCACCGGGUGUCCAGGCUCCUGCAUUCGUAUAUACCCUCACAGACGGAGGAGGAGAGGAGGCGUUUCCAAUGGAACAAAACAGAGGGAAGGAAAGUGGCUAGUAUCCUGGGAGAAAAGAGUUUAAUAACGUCGACCUCUGAAGGUGUAGAUUUACCCAGAAGCUCCUAUGAAAGCACAGAGCCGGGGCCUCGAAAGCAGUGGGCGUCCGAGCCGCCAGACGCCGUGCUGCAGAUGUUAGCCGGUGCCAGCCUGGUUUCAUCAGACAGCGUGGCAUCAGUCCAACACACUGGCUCCCUCCAAGGAAAUGAUCCAGAAGACGUCAGGCAGAGGAGACGAUGGGAGAGAGCUCCUCCUGAGAGGCUUCUACGUCUGCUGGAGAACGCUCAGCUGAACAGAGCGUUUAGCACCUUUUUGAUACACAAAGGAGAUACCAACCCUCUGACGGGGCCCCUCUCUCAGCCGCAGGGUGACGACACCGAUGGCCCUGAGCCUGAAGUGGCUGAAGACGAGGACAGACUGCAGCCACGCUCUGACGACGAGGACAC